UGUCCGCACUCCGCCGCCGUCAGCGCGUUGCAGCUCAGCUACCGCGCCGCGGCCUCGGCCUUCCGGCCCGGCGAGGCUACGUAUAGGCGGCUGCGGCUCAGCUGCAGUACGAUGACGACUAUUACUACGAAGAUGAGGAAGAAGAUCGGAGGACGGCGAGUCGGAAUCGAAUGUUGGACUCCGACGGGUGGGUCCCGGGGAGAGGGAUACAGUGGGUGUUGAUAGGGGACAGAGGGGCAAAGAAGCACUUGUACACCGAGAGGCUCUCGAAGCUUUUGGAUGUUCCGCACAUUUCUAUGGGCACACUCGUCCGCCAGGAGCUCAACCCUCGCUCUUCUCUCUACAAGCAGAUUGCCAAUGCGGUGAAUGAAGGAAAGCUUGUUCCGGACGAAGUGAUUUUUGCAUUGUUGUCAAAGAGGUUGGAAGAAGGAUACUACAGAGGUGAAAACGGAUUCAUUCUUGAUGGAAUUCCUCGAACAAGAAUGCAAGCUGAGAUUGUUGACCAAAUUGUGGAUAUUGAUUUGGUAGUGAAUUUCAAAUGCGCGAAUGAGAACUUGGUGAAGCAUAAUCUAGGAACUGAAAGCUCCUCUGCUUGUCAGGAAUAUCUUAGCUUGAGCAACUCCAUCCCCAUGCGUAAUCUAAAUAUGCAGUUGCCGGACGAACGACUGAAAUCCUCCACUGCUGAUGCAGAGCAGAGCAAGUCGUUGGAAGAUUACUACAGAAAACAGAACAAACUCAUCGAUUUUCAAGUCAAAGCUGCGCCUGGAGAAACCUGGAAGGGGCUGUUGGCUGCUUUACAUCUCCAGCAUAUAAAUGCUGUCAGUUCUUCCCAGAAGCUAACUGCAUGAAUUAGGCUUCUUCUGGGUCUUUUUCGGCUUCCUUAUUUUUAUGCAUUCCGGCAGAGUAUAGUAAAUAUGUGAGAUGUGAGAAUUACAGAGUUGGUUGAAUAUUCAACUUAGUUUUGAAAGAAAUUUUGGUCUUGUAAGUGUUAUUUUAUCGUGUGGCCUGCAACAUUAGGGUGCAAGUUUGUAAUGUAGUGAGUGAGAGAUGAAAACUGAGAAGCAGAGAAGACCAUGAUAUCAUAUUAUCAUCAUAUAAAAGUAAGCACUCAGCUAGCAUAGCAGCUUGUUUUGUU